AUGGCACGCUUCUUGGUUGGCGAUAUGACCAAUUUCUGGGUCAAUCACGGUGCUUCUAUGUCGGGAACACACCGUCUCAACUUUGCAACAUUCCUGGCUAAACUUGCAUCCACUCGGGUCGCUAAGGAUAGGCUGUGCCAAGUUGCUCUUCUGAUCUUCCGUGCUCUCUUUGAAAGCCCUCAAGCACUUCGCACUGGGGAAGAGUCAGAUGAGGAAGACCUCAACCGAGGUACCAAGCAGCUUGAGGUCUUUCAUCUGUUACCAGCUGCUGUUGCUUGGCUGAAAAUAGCAAGCCACAACCUCCUUUUGCUAUCAGAAGUGUAUUGGAACGACUGCCCUAGCCACAUCAGCAGGGGUGGUGAGGAGUUCCUCGAAUCAGAGCUCGGACAGCGAUCACCUGCUGGAUUCUCGCCAUGGAGAUACAUGUUCUGGCUGAAGCGACUUCAUGAGAUUCAGGAAGAAGCUAAGGAGGCCAAUGAGAAAGCCCUGGAGGAGCUUGCCACUGAUGGCAUCCAGUACAUGAUCAACACAAUCAAGCAAAGGAAUUCUGAGGUCCUCAGGGCUUACAAGAAUGGUGGCGAUGCCCUGCAUCAGGAUAAGCAUCUUUCGCGCCUAAAGCCCCUUGCACGCGUUGAGGAGCCAGAGUCGUAA